UACUCUCUGCCUAGAUAGCUGUAGGCUAGUUUUAGAGCGACACCAGUAGGAGUAACUCCGGCUAGAGACGCUGAGCUGCAAGCUGUUGUCCCUCUGUCGAACAAGGAUCUGUAAAACACACACGCUUGCACACCUGUCAUGGAUGCCUCAGCCAAGUCAACUCUGGAGAGAACGGUAGUGUUGAAGCAGGACAGAGAUGGUGGCUACGGGUUCAGUCUCUCCAAGGAGGGGCCUGUCGUGACACGAGUCGCUGCCGGAAGUUCUGCAGAGAGGGCUGGUGUCAACGCCGGAGACAGAUUGGUUAAGGUGAACGGUCAAGAUGUUGGCAGUAUGAAAGUGCCAAAAGUGGAGGAGAUGGUUCAACAGUGCUCGCAUAUCACCCUCACCUUACAGGGGAAGUUGGCACAGAACGGGACCAGAGCGGUGAAGGAUUCGGGAGUGGAGAUAUCGGCACCGAGGCAGAUGCAGGAGCUGACCCUCCAGACCAUGAGGAACAUGCUGCAGAAGCAGCGCAAGACAUACGAGACGCUGUCCGUCAACUACUGCAAGGCUCCGUCGGAGAAACUGGAGAGAGAGAUACAGGACUGCGAGUCCAUCAUCAAACUGCUCGAGUCCGAGAUUGCUACCAAGUCUCCACCCAUUGAUGCACACAUUCGGACGACAGCUGCCAGUGUCCAGGCCCUGAGCAGCCGCCACCCCGUCACCAAGAUGGCAGACGACAUGGACCUCCUCACCUCCCGGAAGGCCCCCACUACCUCAGCCACACAUGGCAAGGCCUUUGUCAAGGGAGGAAGUGUAAAGCAUCCUUCGAGGGCAGCCACCUUCCACAAUGGCUCCAUCUCUCCGUCGAAGCGACGUCAUUACAUGCUGGGGUUCCUCGGCGGUGGCAGCAGCGGACACAUUGUCGACAGUUCCGACCAAUCGGAUGACGAUGACCUCUCUGAUGCUGUGGAUGGGGCCUCAGAGGCCGGGCCGUUUGGGUCUCUACAGGAGCUACGGAACAACCCGGCACACAUGUCCGUCUUCAUCCACUACCUCAACACCAACAAGAACCCCAACGCACUGCUGUUCUACCUGGUGUCCCUGAGCUACCAGAACCACUGUAAGACAGCUGACCUCCGCCAGAGAGGCAUGGACAUCUUCUGGACCUUCUUCACCGACGAAGCACCCCUACCUGUUGAUGUUGAUAGCGCCAUUAUGUCUAGAGCACAGCACACACUAGAGGUGGAGGAGAAUGAGAACCAUCUUCGUAGUGCGCUUGUGGAGGCUCGAGAGUCUCUGUCGGAGGUCAUCAUUGCCGACCUGGCUGACUACAGACACAAGAGAGUCAUGGGGCUGGCUGGCAUGUUUGGGGACCACAUGCUCACCAACAAUAUGUCAAUCUCAAGACAGACUGAGGUGGUCAUGAAUCUUCUCAUUCCUCAAAUCAAGACUAAAAAUGAUGAUACACACUGUGCAAGCAUCAUGGAGGCCAGUAAAAGCCAUGCGGCGGCAGCAUGUCUGGCAACGAUUGUUCUGGACAGCAUUGGGAAGUCAGGCAUUGCCAAGGCUACCAGCAGCUCUCCUCUUGACAAGACCCAGACCUUCACUCGUGGCGAUAUCCUGCUCAGGAAGGGUCGCGGUGGAAAGAAAAAGAACACAAUUCAAAAGCACGGACACAACCUUCACCUAGAGACCUACACCAGGCCUGCCUUCUGUGACUUGUGCAGUAAACAGUUGUGGGGCAUCAUCUACCAGGGCUACCAGUGCUCAGAGUGCAAGAUGAACAUCCACCGCUACUACUGCCUGGGGCAGCUGGAGCACCCGUGUCUGGGCAAGAACCCUGGGUUCAUGAGUACCAGUAGGAAACGACGCAUCCCUCAGCACAGCACCAAGAAGAUACACUUGUCAGCGAUACUCACUGGACAACCGCCACCUCUUGAAGACACUGAUAUAGAUCUCGCUAGGAUCGACAGUGAGGGAGGCAGAAAGAGCCCACUCUUGGAACCGGCCUCGCUUGACAGCAGAGAGGGAGAGCUGUUGAGAGAGAUGGACGGAGGAGACGACCGCCACUUGCCGACCACAAAACCACGCUCGACCUCGGACCCAAAGCACAUGCUUUUGAUUCAGAGUGCUUCUGUGAUGCCUGGGGAGCAACCAGAGCAUCAUCAUCCCAAGAGAGAGUCACUCAAAGUCAGCCGGACACAAUCGGCAAAGUACGACAACCGUGAAGACCACAUGGCCUCGAAGCAGAUAUCAGACCCCCACAACAUGACAAUGUCCUCCUCUGACGACUCUCUCAUAGGAACCAAGCUGGAGUCCAUUGUGGAGGGAGGCGGAGCUGUUUUUGAUGAGGAAAUCAAGGAGUUGCUGGAUCACGAUAUUGAGGAGGAGCUGCUUCCAUGGGCACUAAGUGUCAAAAGAGAGAUUGUUCAGAGCUUGCAGCCGUACGAGGUCCAGAGACAGGAGUACAUCAGAGAACUGGUCUACACAGAGAGAACACACGUCCACAAGCUCAAGACCAUGCAAUAUGUAUACAAGGUUCCCAUGACCAGAGAGUGUGUACUACCGGCAGAACAGGUCGACCAACUCUUUUCCAGUCUGGAGGAACUCAUUCAAUUUCAUGAUGGUCUCUGUGCAGAACUAGUGGAAUAUACAGCUAACACAACCAAUGGAGUGGUCAAGACAAUAGCAGACGUCCUGCUGCCAAGGUUUGAUGGAGAUGCUGGGAAGAAGCUCUGCCAGUCCUGCUCAUUAUCUGCCACUAACCAGGUGAAUGCUGACACUUUGAUUAAGGACUGGCGAAGAAAAAACGAGAAGUUCAAGACUUUCAUCAAAAAUGCGGAGCUGCACCCGGUGUGUCGUCGCCACCGACUCACGCUCAAGGAGCUCAUGCCCAUCACCUGGCAACGGCUCACCAAGUACCAGCUGCUGGUGAAGAACAUCCUCAGCUCCUACAAGAAACACUGGGAGGAACUCAGCGAUAAUGACAAGGAGGAAGCGCAGAAAAUUGAGACCACCCUGACCUGUAUCAAGGGUAUCCUCCAGUACGUGAACAAGCAGCUGAACCUUGCCCAGAGCAGACGGCGGUUGCUGGAGUACCAGUCCAAACUGGACACCUCCGCACUGGAGAGGUCCUCCCACCCUAUCGCACAGCAGUUCAAGGCACUGGACUUGACAAUAGAGCGGAGGAUGUUGUUACAUGAGGGACCCCUCACCUGGAAAAUCCAGGGCAGGAAAGUCAUCGAAUUGUAUGCCCUUCUCCUGACGGACAUACUGGUGUUGUUGGAGAGACACGAGGAGCGGGACAAGUUCUACCUCCGCUGCUACACGGUGGAGGGUCUGGGCGGCGUCAAGGAGGAGCUGAGUCCUGUCAUCAGACUCAAGGACUGUCUGCUCCGGAGUGCCGCCGCAGACAAAGGAGGUAGAACGUUCCUGAUGGUCAACAACAGCUCCCUCAUGAAGUUGGCUCAGAUGUACGAAUUUACCACCGACAGUCCUCGAGAGAAGAGACAGUUAGUCCUUACUGUGUUUUUGUGUGGUGUACGUGCACAAUAAACCAUAGUGCAUAGUGGUAUGAAAUCCCCCUAAAUGUGUGUGUGUGUGAAUCAUACGGACAUUUGACCAAAAUUUCUCUACCAAUUACUCCCAUACAUACAUAUAUCGGAGCGGAGCGUAAUGCGAGAGAAAUACUGAGGUUCACAAAGCUAUUACGGAUGCUGCAUAAUACGUAUGUGCAGCUGUAUCUUGAAGUGGACUAAGAUUGUGCAUCAAAGACACCGGAGUAUAUAGUGGCAUUUGCUAGUGUGUGAAUCUCCUGUUUUUGUGCAGGUGGGAAGAGGCUAUCAGCAGAGCAAUGCAAGGACAAGACAUCCUGUCACUAGACCCCCCAGUCUCCCCUGGCUCCUCUGACCUACACUCAGCUCCCCUCACCGCCAUGCAUGGAUCUUCACAAGAUGUCAUUAGAGAGCAACUGAACAGGAUAGAUGAGGAGAUCAAGAGACUGCUCAACGAGAAGCUGAGGAUCCUGCGCUCCAUGCAGGGGACCACGCACACCAUUCGCAGACGACUGGAGACCAAGGGAGAGGAAGAGGGCGAGGUACUAGGUGACCCCAAGACCUAUGUCUCCGUGGCAAUAGAACAAGCUGGUGAGAUGGCAUCCACGCUGUCCCACGUGAUGGUGACUAACCCCACCAAGAACAUUCUGUCCCAGACCCAGUCCCGACUGGCAGACAUCAUCUCAGAGGCCCAACGGAACUUCUCCAAACUCGUGCUCUCUCUGGAUCCACACUCCAGUAGCCCACCAGACGAGAAAGAAGGUGCUGCCACUGGGGGAACAGAGGAAAAGGUGGUACAGGGAGAUGGCAACGAACACACCAAACAGGAAGAAAGUGGGGAGGAUGUGAGGAGAGAGAGUGAUGUUAUUCACGACCAGACUGGUGAGACACCUGAAGGGAUGGCAACUGAGGGUGAAGACGACGACACCAGCACAUCCAGUGGUGCUCUGAUUGGGGCCCACCAUGUGUGUACGGGUCCCGAGGGUCUUCCUCCGGCCGACGUGGUGUCCCUCAGCUCCCAGGAGGAUGUAUCGGUAGUCAAGGGAAACGAGGAACUCUCACACAUCAUUUCCCCACCGGAGACCUUCUCCUGUGAGGAUUCUGCCACGCCCACUCCCCAGCUGGAGACAGAAUCGAUGGCCUCAGGCACCAUCACUCCGAGGAACUCUCCAUGUGGCGGGGCCAACACCCCCAUCUCCCCCAGACCCCAGUCGAGCAGGGACACCACUCCACCACCAGAGGUAGGGAAGAGACAGAAGCAACUGUCAGUGUCAGAGUUGUCCAGUGAGACAAUAGACGGUGUCAGUGAGGGCAUCAGUAGAGAGACAGUCAUGACUCUGACUGGCGGUCCGUCUCCAAGACUCAUGCGCAUUAUAGCCAGUUCGUACAAGACCAAAGACACAUCCGCUAACGGUGGCUCUUCUACUGUUGUCAGGCCUGUUGUCAAGCCUGAGAGGACUCCAAGGCCGAGACCAGGGACACACUCGACUUCCACUGGAGAGGACCCUAGCAGUGGCGAAUUACCAUCAACCAGUCAACGGCGGCCGGCGUCAAAGUCAUGAAGUCACCAAUAUAAACAUGUAGUCAUUUGUGAUGACACCCAUCUGUGUAAUAGUGUGUGUGUGUGAUCUGUACUGGAUUUUCCCAUUAUUCAUCAUUCUCGCCUUUCCCUGUGUACUUCUUUACAAACACUUUUUGUCUUUCAUCUCGUAUUUUCCUUGGCAGUGUACAUUAAUAACUGUUUGAUUUUUGCAACGGAAAGAGUACUUUUCUAAUUAUCUUUUACAACUGGAUACAUGUUUCAAUCUCAAAUGUAAUUUCAUGCUUUUUAAAAGGGAGAUUUAGAUUUCAUAUUAAACGUCAAUCAAUAACGUUUGUGGAACAUAACACGAUGUAUUCUCUAUAUUAUGUCGUGUCUAAAUGCAGUGAUACUGAUUAGAGGUCUUAGUAAAAGCAGGUUUCCUGGAACCGGAAGCUGUGGUGGCCCGAGUGGAUCGGCUCAGCAGUGAAGGGGAGCAGCUGGUGUGGUUCAUUGGGAGCUGAGAAUCGUACCUCUUUAGUCAGUGUGAAAGGACUGCAGGUGGAAACAGAGAUGUCCAGUGAGCUGCUCUUGCCGAGUGCAACCUCCACACUACUGUCUCCAUCAAAUGGCAACAAGCUGAGUGGUCCCUGUACUGAGCAGGGCAAGUGGACACUCUGGACCACUUGGGUGUGCAGCAGAUGGAGAUGCAUGAGCUGGGACUCAGCAGUGGAAUUGUCCACACAUGUCUUGGGAGCAGGCCCAUCAAAAUCACAGUAAGACUUGAUAGAGUCUUUAGGGGAGCCC